AUGGGAAACCACCUUGACCUUCUCUUAAGAAUGGUGCUCAUGGCCAGUCCCGCGCUUGGAAUUUCUUCCUGCUUCUUCGAUGGUUGGAGAGCCGUAUAUCGUUUCUGCAACCUCACCCAAGUCCCCCAGGUCCCCAACACCACCAAGAGUCUCCUGCUCAGCUUCAACUACAUCAGGACAGUCACAACCGCAUCCUUCCCCUUCCUGGAGCAGCUGCAGCUGCUGGAGCUCGGGACUCAGUUUACCCCCUUGACCAUUGACAAAGAAGCCUUCCAAAAUCUGCCCAAUCUCAGAAUCUUGGACCUGGGCAAAAGUCAGAUAGACUUCUUGCACCCAGAUGCUUUUCAGAAACUGCCCCAUCUCUUCGAACUUCGACUGUUUUACUGUGGUCUCUCCAGUGCUGUAUUAAAAGAUGGUUAUUUCAGAAAUUUGGGGUCUUUGACUCGCUUGGACCUAUCCAAAAAUCAGAUUCAGAGUCUUUACCUUCAUCGUUCAUUCCGGGAAUUGAAUUCCUUGAAGUCCAUCGAUCUUUCCCUCAACCAAAUAACCACUGUUUGUGAACACGACCUCAAACCCCUCCAAGGAAAAACACUCUCCUUUUUAAGCCUUGCUGAUAACACCCUGUACAGCAGGGUCUCAGUGGACUGGGGGAAGUGUCUGAACCCAUUCAGAAACAUGGUCCUGGGAACCCUAGAUGUUUCUGGCAAUGGCUGGGCAGUGGACAUCACAAGAAACUUCAGCAAUGCCAUCAAUGGAAGCCAGAUUUUCUCUUUGGUUCUUACCUAUCACGUGAUGGGUUCUGGGUUUGGCUUCAAUAACAUCAAAGACCCUGACCAGCACACCUUUGUCGGCCUGGCCGGAAGCUCAGUGAUACAGCUGGACCUUUCACAUGGGUUUAUCUUCUCCCUGAACUUCCAACUCUUUGAGACGCUCAAGGAGUUGAAGGUUCUGAAUCUCGCCUACAACAAGAUAAACAAUAUUGCAGACAAAGCGUUUUAUGGACUCGACAACCUCCAAGUUCUCAAUAUAUCACAUAACCUUCUGGGGGAAUUGUAUAAUUCUAAUUUCUAUGGACUACCUAAGGUAGCCUAUAUUGAUCUGCAAAAGAAUCACAUCGGGAUCAUUCAGGACAAAACAUUCAGAUUCCUGGAAAAAUUAAACACCUUGGAUCUCCGGGAUAAUGCUCUUAAAACUAUUUCUUUUCUUCCAAGCAUACCUAAUAUCUUCUUGAGUGGCAAUAAACUGGCUACUUUGCCAAACAUCGCACUUACAGCUAACUUCAUCACCUUAUCAGAGAAUAGGCUGGAAAAUCUCGAUAAUCUCUACUUCCUUCUCCAGGAGUAUUUCGUCAUCUGACUGCACUGAGGGGACUCAGCCUCAAGGACAACAGGCUGACCGUUCUUUUUCCUGGUGACUUACCUGCUAAUUUAGAGGUCCUGGAUAUAUCCAGAAACCAGCUCCUCUCUCCUGAUCCUGAUUUAUUUGCAUCGCUGAGUG